GCUUGUUGGAUGACCGCUUGUUCAUCUUGAAACGAAACGACAAUUAUAGAAACUAGUUGUCAUAAGAACCUCCUCAAAGAGAUUGAUGUAGUGAGGUUGAUAUGUCAUAAUGAGGGUUUUAUAAUCGUAAAUAAUCAACAAUAUGAUGAAACAGUUCAGCAGUGUGAAGCUUGGAAACUAACCUUUAAAUCUCGGAAGCAGAAAGUAGCGAUGACAGGGCCAGCUGUUUUUCAUGUUUUGAUUGAUAAACUAGGUCAUAGAUUGGAGGAAAUUAGAAUUCGGGCCCUUGACAAUAUCAUUUCCAAGUUGACACUUGGCUUUAUCAAGGAAAAUGAUCACAGAAUAAGAAGAGAGUUGUUGUUAAAAAUUCUGGAGUGGUUUAGAUUUGAGCCAUGUCUACAAAAAGAAAAAGCUUUGGGUGUUCUUUUGACUUUACUAAAGGGAAAGCUGGGGAAAAAUUUAAUUUUAGAAGUUGGUGUUCCAAACAUUCUAGCAAUUUUGUCUAACUUGAAGAAUGAAUCUGAACCAAAUGUUAAUAUAAUUAUUUCCCAAAUUGAAACUAUAAUUUCUGAAAAGGAAUUGGAAGAAAGUAGUGCAAAGGAGUCUGCUGAAUCAGAAAAUAGUAUUGAAAUAUUUGAGCAAGCAUCACAUCAUGCAAAAAAUCAAAGGUAUCAGUUCUCUCAGUUUAAUUACAGUGAGAUGAGAAGUCAGAUGAACCAAGAUCCACAAAUCACAUUUUGGAAUUGUCUACAUUACAUGUAUUUACCAUGGCAACCCUUAGUAGCUACAGACAAUCAUGUUCUCUCAGCUGUUGAAGAAUCACUUGGUAAUAUGAAUGAUCCAGAUCUUGUCUUGCAUACAUGCAAUUUUUUUAUGGAUGUGAUGCUUCAAGAUUUUCCAGCAGAAGUGUUUCUUCAGAGACCUACCCUUGUAAAGAUUUUCCUCUCUAGUCUGGAUGGAAUUGCUCCUGGAACUAAUAAAAAAGUGUGUUCUGCUAUGUUAAAAUGUUUACAUAAACUUGCAGCGGCACUUUUAAUUAGAAUUCAUUAUUACAGUGACCCAUCCUUGGUAAACUCUAAACAGGAGUUGUGUGCUAGAAGUCAGACUCCCAGCUACUUGUCACAGACAUCAAGUCAAGCAACGGUUACUGAUGAUGAUUUAACAAAUGAACAAAUAAUGGUUAAGAAGAAAGGAAAGUGUGACGUUGAUACUGAUGCUGAAGAUUCAGUUUUACUGCAGUUCCAGCAGAUGAGUUUGCCUAUGUUUUGCAUGCAAGCUCUUCAUCAGGCCAUUUUCCAUCGCUCUAUUCAUUUAACAUUAGAGCUCAUAAAGCUAUCAAACUUAUGUAUUUCACAUAUGAUGUGGGCAAGCCAAGAUGCUUCAAUUUUAGAAGUAGUUGGAAAAGUCUCUCAUGUACUUGAAUUACUGGGCGAUGCCAUUAAACAACAUAAAAGAGCAUCCCAAACAGAAGAAGAAGCCCGUUUGACUUAUCUUCAGACUUUGGCAGUUACACGAAGAUUUCUUGUGUCUGCCGUUCCUUUAGAAAUUGCGGACAUUGUAAUUCCAAGGAAUUUAAAAUCUGCUCUUGUUAUUUCUCUCUUAGAUUAUUCUCUUUUGUGCAUGAUGCCAGAACUUCAUCAAGAUCUCCUUAGUUAUUGUGAGAAAUUUACAGGUUCCCAGUAUAUAGAUGUUCUCAGCCACUAUAACAACACAAUUAACAUUGCUACUUCCAUGGCAGCUACAGUAAACUUCUUGAAAAACUAUGAUAGAUUGGAUGGAAAUAAAAUUUUAGAUUUAGCAGAAGAGGCUUUGCCGAGUCUUGCAUUUCACAAAGCUGCCUCAUUUGUCAGGAUUGCUUUGGAAAUAUGUGCAAAUAAAAUGGGAAGGUGGACUGUAAAUGAAGAUGUACAGAGAAAAGUUACAAAAAUAAUAUUAUACCUUCUCACGCACUCUGAAGUUGAUAUUAAACAUGAAAUGUAUGCUAUCUGCCAUACUUACAUUGUUUCAACCUUUGGAGUAGAACAACAUAAUCCUUCUGCAUGGGGACCUUCUCAUUUGUCUUUUCUGUUUCAAGUCAAUGUCCUGACAGAAAUUAUAUGCCAUGGAGUAGCUAGUGAUGAUGAAAAGAUUAGUAAAUACUCUUCAGAUAUAUUGAUUCACUUUCUUAAAGCAAAAAUGUUAAUGCCUGCAUCUUUGUGGCAAACAUUUGUUGAGCAGUUGAUUGCCACAAUGCCAUUAUUAGAAUGUUAUGCUGAUAAAUCUACUAACUUAGGGCGUACCAUUGUGGAAAUGCUGAAUCCCAAAACUGCUGAAUCCAUAUGUAUUCCAAAAGUUGAAGUAUUGAAAGGGAAUCUUCGCUUGUUGUUUACAACUGAUGACUUUGUAAGAAAUGAAGCUCUAUCACGCUUGAUAACAUUGGUUUCAUUAGAGGAAAAUUCCUUAGAAAAGUUACCUGAUGUUGCAUCUUUACAUGUGAGGACUUUAAGUACAUAUUCACUCUUCGAUAACCCUUUGGAUGUUACCGUUCCAAGAAAGCCCAGCAGCUUUUAUGAGAUAAGCAGUUUGUGCCAAGUUGUGGAAGUUCUCAAAGCAGACACCACUGAACCCCGUGUUCACAGAUCUGCUCUUAGUCAAAUAGCUGCUAUGUUGGAAGACCCUCAUCUUCAUUUAUCAUUUUUAGAACAAAAAGGAAUUGAUAUUUGUCUGAAUAUAAUCCGGAAAGCUGUGGUUGAAAAGUGUUAUAACUAUUAUCCAGAUUCAGUUAUUUCCAUUAUUAAUGUUUUAAAAAACAUGUGUUAUCAUAAUUGUAAUGUAAGGUUUACUCUCUCUCAAGACGUAGUAUUGUUUUAUUGCAUUUUAAGAGCUCUUUUUAUGUUUGGCAGUAAUAGAAGUUUUCGACAGGAUGUUGCACAACUUCUCUGUCUUUUAUUGUAUUCGGAUUAUAUAUUAUCUGUGCCUGAUAGCCAGUUAAAUAACUCUUCAAUCAUGCAUCCAUUUUCUUUGCCAGAACUUGUUGUGAAACAUAUGAAGUUGCCUUUUCGUACUCUCAUACAUUGGAGUACAAGCCCACAUACAUCACCUUCGUACAGAGGUAACGUUGUUGUGCUUUCACAACUAAAAUUGACAGAGUUUUGGGUUUCUGUACUUCCCAACUUUUUUAUUUCCUUAGCUCUCCUUAGUCAUGAAGAUUCUCGAAUGUUUUUGAGAAUGUGUUGGACAUCAGAAUGGUUUGGAGGAGUGAAGCAGAUUUUGUCCUGGCAUUCUAUUAAACUUACAGAACAGUCAGAAUUUUCUCCAGAUCUUAGAGCAUCUCAAAGUGAUUUAGAUUGUCUAAAAUGCACGGCUCUAAAUCAUUGUUCUAAGCAAUGUUUAUAUAGCAUACAAAAUGGUACGACUCACCAGUCUGUUGAAAAUGCAGUGAAGCGCAUGUUGGGGUAUGUUACUCUACAAGCACUCUUGAAAGAAAGAAAUGAUUUUGAAUUUCAAGGCAAUUGGAAGAGUAUGCCUUGGGAAACAACAUUACUCAGAUUCUUUGGAACUUCUCCUGCUUGUCCAGAAGAUGAAGAUUUAUUGAUAUCACUCCUUCAAUUUUUGUGUGUGUGUGUACAGCAUCUUUCUGCUACAGAAAUACGAAAACCACAGUGGACAUGGGUAUAUAGAAUUCUGAAAGAUCCAUCUCAACCUUUACCUUGUAUGUUAAAGAUGGAUUCAGCAACUGUUUCAAAAAACAUAAGUCGAGAAAUUCUUCAAUUGUGUCAAGAUUGUUGCCUCUUGGAACAUCAAUUAGAAGAGGAUGAAAAUGGAAAAAACAAAGCUGAUGUUGUAUCUUGGGUGUAUUUGGUCAACAUAAUUUCUCAAAAUCUGAAGUUCAGUGAUACUCAACACUUUUAUAAUUUAGCCUUCCUUGAUUGGAUGUUAUCAUGCCUAUCUCACAUGACGGGAAGCUUAGGAUGGAGCCGUGGUUUUGAUAACACAGGACAACUCAUGAAAGAUCUCAUUUGGUAUUUAGCUGAAAUUGUUACUGCAUUUCAUUGCAAUAAAGGAGGGCAAGGUGGUGCUAGUCUUGCCUCAUUCAUGGGAAUGAGUGUUACGAGAAAUGCGAUUAUUUGUAUGAAUCAUAUUCUUUGUGAAAUGCAAAAUACUGCUACAAACAGGAGCUGGGAGGCUGCUUGGUUUACUGCUUUAACUGGAAGUGACUUGGAAGGAGGAGUGAGUCUCAGUUGGUUGCCCACACUUUGGUUGAGUAGAGACCCAAUCAUACGUUGUUCAUCUCUUCAGUUAGUUGCGGGUUUGUGUUCGACUCAGCUUGGAAGUAGGUUCUUGAUUCAAGGAUUGAGAGGAUCUCCUCCAGAUAUAUGGGAGGUUUCUUUAGGAUUUUUGCUAGAUCAUGAAGAGGCAGGUGUGGUACGUGAGCAAGCUGCUGUUAUUCUUACAAACCUGAGUAAUCAUGGAAUGCCAAAUAUUUCUUCUGUUUGUCUUGACUCUAAUUCUCCACAAGAGACACCACCUACUGUAAGCAUUCAUUCGUUCCUUUCACUCCUAGAAGAUAAACAUUUUUUUCCUGGCAUUGUUCUUAUGGUAAAUUGUCUAUAUUUGGGAACUAAUGUGAAGCCUGGAGUCUGGAUGUGGUCUAACACUUGGACUGCUGAAUCUUCUACAGGAACAGGUGUUUCUCAAGAUACUAAUUUGCUCCAUGCAUCCCAAGAGGAUAUUAAUCCAAGUUUCCUGACAACACCUAAUUUGAUUAAGGCUGUGUGUUGGUAUCUUAAUAAUCUUUUAACUGUCUCUCCGGAGGAAAUUGUUAAAAAUUUAUGCAGAUAUGGUUUAAUUAAAAUGUUACUUGAGGCUAUUUGUGGUAUUCCAGAUGUAUUUUCAACAAGAAUGGAAAUAUUACAAUAUUCUGAACUUUUAGAAAUGUACAUUGCAGUUUGCACAGUUUUAACAAAAAGUGUUUGUAUUGAUUCUGAAUGCCUUUCCCUUACUUUAAAUAUGAAUGAUUGUUUGAAAAAAGUUCUUAAUCUUCUGAAUCCAGUUUUGUUUAGUACAUAUCGUGGAGAUCUUGUCCACUUGCGAAACAGGCUAUGGAGUAGAGUGUUUCGUUUGUUGUCCUGUUUUCUCAUUGACUCUAAAGGUUAUGAAAUAGUUUUAAAUACUAUAUUCCAAUGUAAUCCACAUGCCUUUUUGACUACUGUGGAAAGUUCAAUUAAUGGAAAAUCUUCGACAGAUUUACGAAGCAAUGCUUUAAGUACUCUCACUCUAUUAUUGUUAUUGGAAGCCAAGACAUUGUUGUUUCAACAAUUGAAUGUUGAACAAGGAGAUAUUAAAAAUGCCCAUAAAAAAAUUUCUUUACAAAGUAUUCUUGAUAGAGAGACUGUGAAAACUUUGGAUUCAAAUAUCCAAUCAAAUUCAGGGGCAAAUCUGUGUAGACAGCUGAUGCAUUUAUAUGAAGUACAGAGUUUACGACACUGUUCUGGGGACAACAAAAUGCCAUCUUACUUCCCGAAAGCCGCAGUUAUGGGGGCUUUGUCAAGUUUACUUGCUGUAUCACAUGAAGCAAAAAAAAUUGCAUUGAAAGAAGGACUACUAGAAAACAUAAUGGUGCAGCUAAAAGAACUCCAUGUUCAUAUCAGUGUAGAAGCAGUAGACAAUUUACGCAAAUCAUCUGAUAGGAAACGAGUUAAUGCUGUUUUUCAAGAAGUGAACUUGUUAUUUUCUUUAUUAACAAACUUCUUAUACAAUGCCCCAGAUGUGAAAGUGGCAGCAGUUAGUGCUAGUUUAGCUGAUACUAUCCACAAAUUGUGGGCUUGGUGCUACAUUCUACCUACAUUAUUGAGCGAUACUUUAAAGUUACUAUGUACUUUUACUACGUAUUGUAUACCAGCAUGUCAGUCACUUGUUUUAACCACCCCAAUUCUGGGUGUAAAUGCUCGAAGAGCUCCUUCUUCUAAUUCUCUGUUACAUGAAAUUGUAAAUUUAAUACUUCGAGAAUUGGAGGUUCAGGGCAAGGGAGGAGACACAAGUGUUUUAGCACUGGCUUUUCAUUUACUCCAGAAUGCAAGUCACUCACAAGAAUGUAGAGUAGUAUUAUUUAAGACUGCAUUAUUUCAGAGUUUGAACAAAUUACAUCCUUCUUCGACCAAGAAACAAAAACAUUGGGAAGCAGUGGAGAUGUUAUGGUUACCUUUUUUAAUUGACUGUACAUUUCACUUAGAGGGACAACUUGGACUACCAAAGAUACCAGAAGCCUUAGAUAUUAUUAUUGCAAUGACAGACAGUUCAAAGCCUUUAAUACAACACUCUGCUCUUGCUGUUCUUCGUAAUAUAACAUUUCAUCAUCUUAAUCGACCAAGAUUGUUAUCAUCCAAUGGAACUGAUAAAGAAAAGAAUACUGUUGUACAGAUGGUGUGGGCAUUAGUAGCUAACAACCAAAAAGCUAAACUUGUUAUGAAGAAUUGUGGAAUUGGCACCAAACUUCUGGAAAUAGUCAAUCAUAUGAAAGUUAUAAGUGAAAACAGUGUGACAGAUUUACAAAUUGAAAUAUUUAAUUAUGUGUUAAAAAUUAUUUAUUCUGAAAGAAAUUUUGAAAUAAAGAGGAAGCUAUUAAUACCAGUAUGUGUCAGUUUAAUGCAUUUUCAGAAUUAUUUCAGUUUUGUUUUCCCUGAUCUUAUUGCUCCUAAAAUUCAAAGAAUCAAAAUUGAAACCAUAAAAGUAAAGAAUGACGGGGUAGUAAACAAUCUCCCAAUUUUAAGAUCGGAUGCUGUUGCUGUGACGUCCUGGUUGGUCAUACUGGAGAACAUGCACCUGGUGGUUGUUGCUGCAGUUAUUACUUGUGUGUUAGUGGUAGUGUGGCGUCAUGGCGUCGACUGUGACACAGUUUCCUCCUCCUUCGUAUUCAUCUUCAUAUUUCCUUCGAAAUAUUGUGAAAGAGGCAAUGGAAGAAGUUAACUUGAAGCAGUUGCCCUCACCAUCCUCAAAACCUGAAACUCACAAAGCAUCUGCAGUGCCUUUGAAAUCAUGAGAAAUGUUCAACGCAAUACUCUAGGGCUUCAAGACUGAAAUUCAAAGCAAGCACUUGCCACUCAGAGACUUGCACGUGUUAUCAAACUACAGAAAAUGAGAGAGAUUUACAGACCAAGCACCAAGAAUAAAGUUCUCCAUCUAUUUGGGCAGUGACUUGCGUCAAGCGAUCGCUUUCCAAAUGUGUUGGUGAUUAUCAUUUUCUAAUCUGAAAGAAUAUGUACAAUUACUUUCCUGGUGCUAUUAUGUGAUAAUGUAUCAAAUGAAGAAAAUUUCUGAUGAAUACUGUCUUUUGUUACAUAUUGUAGACCCUCUGGGUUUUGAUGUUUCUAGUCCUGAAGGAUUUCAAUGUUAGAGAAUAUUGGAACAAGCAUUUUUAUAAUAUAGAAUUACAAUAAAUCAGCUUUUCCUCUGCCAAAUCUAAGAUGUUCUUUGUGCAUGCACUAAAACUAGUAUUUAAGAACACAUGCUGUGGCAUGUUUAUACUAUUUAUUUAAUAUUUGCUUUGUAUCAAUACACCAAUAAAAUAGUGACAUGUUUUUAAUUUCU